AUGGAACAUCAUGUUCUCGGCUAUGAGACAUCCAAACACGGCUCACGAUAUCCUGUAUUCUUGACUCAAUUGCUGCCGACAAGCAAGUGGUAUGGUAAAGCAACAUCGUUAACAAUUCGGAGUAUUUAUAAGAACCUAGAGACUUCGAGGAAAUGGAAUACUGAGUACCUUAUUUACAACAGCUCCAUUAGAGACAUUUUCCUGUAUUUAAACCACCCAAUUACUAGUAUUAAGAUAUGUGGACUUGUGGUUGGAUGGAAAUGGAAACUUAUAGGAAACGAGGAUAGGGCAUUUUGGUACAUUGAUGAUUGCUCAGAUACAAUACUAUGCCAAUGUUCCAAAAGUCAGUUACUUGCGCUGAAUUGCCCGCUUGUUGAUAUGAGUGGGUGGACAUUGAUCCUUACUGGCUUACUAGAUCAAGAACGAGUUGAAUUCAAGGUUACUCAAAUUGAAGUUGUGAAGAAUUUGAAGCACGAGAUUGACUUUUGGAGUGAAGCAUUUGACAACCAAAAAGAAUUAGCGAUACCAUGGGAAAUUGAUCCCGAAAGUUUAAACGAAUUUUAUCGUGGAAAGCAACAUACACCGUCUAAAUCAAACAGUAACUUAGGGAACUACAUUGAACAAUUACAGACCAUACAUUUCCAAGAAAAUGAGUUACUCUUAGCUAGCCCAUAUAACGGGCAUGUGUCUACUGGGAUGGGAGUUUGGAAUUCCGACUUGCUGCAAUCAACUUUGGAACAAGAUCUAAUCGAACAAAGUAGAUUAGAUAAAACUUUGGGAGGACAGAUUUCUCCAAAUUCUCGGAAACGAUCGUCAAAGCUCUCCCCUAAACAAAUGAAACGGGAAAUUCUUGGAGUUCUUAUCGAGAAAUCAAUGGAAUCAAAAGUAUGCAAGAUAUAUGAGCCAUUGCUGUCUAUAAAUCUCGGCCCAGGAGGAGAGGCAACAGACCUGAAAACGGAACCCGUUUUGCAUUUGAAAUUUUAUGAAACAUUCCUAGCACAACUAGCGGAAAUGGCAAUUAUCACUCUUGAUAGUUUCACGAUAAACAUGACAAACUUGCAUAAUUGCUAUCGAUACAUAAUCACUCGAUUUCAAUCGUUGAUUAAUGUUCAAAUUCCGCAGAUUACGAUAAAGUACAGCGAGAUUAGAAAUUUCUGUAAAUUACCUCUACUGUCCAAAAAAUUGAUUCUUCAAAUGUGUAAGCAUUUUCUCAAUACAACUCAUAUCGGAAAUCUUAUAGACUGGUGGGUAGAUCCUACAUCAGAAGAACGCUAUAAAGUCUUCUUCACCUAUUCUAAAUCUAAAUAG